CUUUCAUCCGGUACACGCGGUCGAGGUGCGUCGUGACAAACGUCGUAUAGUUAAAGUAUUAAAUCCUAAAUUUUCUACGUAGAUUAACCGGAUUUUGCACGAGCGUGUAUGGUGUGAAAUUAACUGUAUUCGUGCGAAAAAAUGGCGCGAUACGGGCAAAGACCUGAGAAUGCUCUAAAAAGAGCGAAUGAAUUCAUCGAAGUAGGGAAACCAUCUCGGGCAUUAGAUACUUUGCAAGAAGUCUUCCGGAAUAAAAAAUGGACAUACAACUGGUCAGAAUCUGUAUUGGAACCUAUAAUGUUCAAAUACCUAGAUCUUUGUGUAGAACUAAAAAAGUCACACAUAGCAAAGGAGGGCCUGUUCCAGUAUCGAAAUAUGUUCCAGUCUGUAAAUGUUGGAAGUUUAGAGAAUGUCAUACGUGGAUAUUUACGUAUGGCAGAAGAAAAGACAAAUCAAGCAAGAAAGCAGAGUCAGCAAGCUGUUAUAGAUAUAGACGAUCUGGAUAACUUGGCUACUCCUGAAAGUAUCUUGUUAUCAGCGGUCAGCGGCGAAGACGCACAAGACAGAAGCGAUCGUACUAUUCUAACACCUUGGGUGAAAUUUUUAUGGGAAUCUUAUUGUCAGUGUUUGGAGCUGCUGAGAACCAAUGCCCAUGUAGAAACAUUGUACCAUGAUAUCGCUCGCAUGGCCUUCCAAUUUUGUCUUGAAUAUAAUCGUAAGACUGAAUUUCGUAAGCUGUGCGAAAAAUUGCGAAAACAUUUAGAAGAAAUUUGUAAAUUACCAGCCCUUGUUUCGAACGUUUCCAUGAACAGAGCUGAAACUCAACAACUGAACUUGGAAACGCGAUUGAAUCAACUCGAUUCCGCGAUUCAAAUGGAGCUAUGGCAAGAAGCUUUCAAGUCCUCCGAAGAUGUGCACGGUAUGAUGAAUUUAUCGAAGAAGCUUCCGGUACCAAAAACCAUGGCUAAUUAUUAUCAGAAAUUAGCUAUGGUUUUCUGGAAAGCAGGAAACUACCUUUUCCAUGCUGCCGCGUUGUUUAAAUUGCUGCAGCUAUCCCGUGAAAUGAAAAAGAACAUGUCAUUGGAGGAACAACAGAGAAUGGCCAAUCGUGUGUUGUUGGCUACAUUAUCUAUUCCACUGCCAUCAGCUCAUCCCGAAUUCGAUCGUUUCAUCGAAACGGACAAGAGUCCAUUAGAAAAAGCUCAGAAACUCGCGACGCUUUUAGGACUCACUCAACCACCUACCAGAGUUUCUCUCCUUAAAGACAUCGUUCGAUUGAAUAUCGUCAAUCUAGCGUCUCCGCAAUUGCAAGAAUUAUAUUCCUGGCUGGAGGUUGAAUUCCAUCCUCUGGAACUGUGCAACCGAGUGGAUUCUGUUAUCCAGACGCUCCAGGCGGACGAGAACAGCCCUUUGGCUCAGUAUGUUCCAGCCUUGCAAGACGUGACGCUAGUACGUUUGGUUCAUCAAAUAUCCCAAGUAUAUCAAACCAUACAGUUCGCUAGGCUGUUGGAGCUUGCUAAAUUUACGACAGACUUUCACCUGGAGCGUCUGUUGGUAGACUGUGUGCGUUACAACGAUAUGCAAAUAAGGAUUAACCACGGGAAAAAGUGCGUGCACUUUGGAGUUGAUCUCUCCGAGGCCCAAAGGGAGGACCAUCCCGAUGGUCCUGUAUUGCAAGCAAUGCCUUCCGAACAAAUUCGUUGCCAGCUUGUAAAUAUGGCCACUGUACUCCAUCGCGCGAUCAAUAUUAUCAAUCCGAAUAAGAAGAAAACGGAACGUGAGAAAUUGCGUACCGCCAUGGUCACGCAUUACCACGAAACGAAGCUGAAGGAACAUCAAAGGAUUCUAGGAAGGCACAAGAUCAUAGAAGAAAGAAAGGAGUACAUCGAGCACAUCAAUACGGUCCGCGAGGAAGAGGAGAUGCGAAGGCAGGAGGAAUUACAGAGGCAGCAAAUGUUGGCCGAGCAGAAGAGGCUCGAACAAGAAAGGGAGGAACGCGAGAGGAAACGGCAGCAGAGCGAGAUCCAACAGAUCAAGGAUCGUCAUCUGAAGGAGAAGAUGCAGCAGAUUUCUCAAACUAGUCACGGUCAGAAGGUGUUGAAGAAGUUAGACGAGGAUGAGAUCAAGAAAUUAGACGCUGAACAGAUAGCGGCUAGGGAGGCCGAAGAGUUGCAGAAGGAACGCAGAGAGAUGCAGCAAAAACUAAAGUCGCAGGAGAAGAAGAUAGAUUAUUUAGAACGUGCCAAGCGUUUAGAAGAGAUACCAUUGUUGGAGAAAGCGGUCGAGGAGAAGAUGGAACUGGCGAAGCAACGUUGGGAACAGCAAGAGGCUGAACGAAUCGCUCUUGCCAUCGAGGAGAGACAGCAGGCUGUCGCGACUCGCGAACGCAUGGCGAGAAUGAAGGAGGAUCACGAUAGUUUCUUAGCGAAGAUUCUGGCCGAACGUAAGAGUAUUUAUUUAGAGAAGCUGAAGGAGUUUGAGAAAGUUCUGAACGAAGAGAGAGCGGGCAGAUUGUUGAAACGUAAAAUGGAACGUAAGGCCGAGCGUAAAGCGAAAUGGGAGAAGGAACGCGCUGAAGCCAUUGAGAGAAGACGUCAGGAGGAGGCACGAAUCAAGCAGGAAGAAGAAAAACGACGAAUGGAAGAAGAAAGGGCCAAGAGAGAAGAAGAGGAGAGAUUAAAACGCGCGGAAGAAGAAGCAAAGGAAGCUGAACGUUUGGCUAAGAUCGAGAGACAGGCGGAGAUCACUAGAGCCAGGGAAGCUGAGAUCGAACGAAAACUGGAGGAGGAAAGGCAAAAGGAGAAAGAAAUGUCAGAUACCUGGAGACGUGGGGCAGAGCAACGGACACAUCGUGUCGUCCAAGAUAAACCAAUGGAGAUGUCUUGGCGUCGCUCUAUUGACAUAAAAGACGACGGUGUCAAAGAUGAUUCUUCGCGUUGGAAGAGACGCGAGACUGCGGAUAAAUGGCGAAAAGACGAGGAAAAACCGAAAAAGGAAACCGGUGAUAGGUGGAGGAAAGAUGAUUUCGAUAAGGACGACACGAGAGAGAGGGACCGACUAGAUAAAGAUCGUGGAAUGGACGGACGUUCGGUGAAUAUGCGCGAUUCUCUACGGGAUCCAGUGUCGGAUAGUUCUCGUGGUGGUCGCGGCAGGCUGCCCGAACGUCGAACUCAUCGUCGCGAGGACACGGUGCGUAACGCCGGUGGUCAAAAUUGGCGCGACAAAGUCGACACGAUACAAAAUUCUCCUCGAGACCCGCCGAGGCGGGACGAGAAACGAGAAGAACCGAAAGAAGAUAGGCUUCCACCGAAACACGAAGAAAGAAGACGACCUCCAGAGGAUGAUGGGUGGUCACAGGUGAGCCGGCGUUAACAAUAGGACUGGAAAGUUACCCAUAGAGGCAACGUUUAUUAUUCUUUGAGAACUGUGCAUAAAUAUGCAGUUAGACUUUUGCCUGAAACUAUCGAUGGGCCCAACUCUACUGUUUUGUGCACCGCUUCAUUUUUCUCUGAUAUACUCGAAUAACAAGUAAAGGAUAAAGCACAAAGGUGAUGGUGGGUCGUAGCCACUUCACACCCGCAUUACAAAAGAAUUAAACGAAAAAGAAUGACAAGAUUGAGUUUUUAUGAUUUUUCUAAGGGAUUCAACAAUUUUCUAAAUCUCUCAUGCUGCGUUACAUAUGUUAAAGUUGUAAAUAAAAAAUAAAACAAUAACCGCUCUGACAGUAAA